AUGCCAGAUUAAAUUCUAAAGAUUACUAAAGAGUUAAAAAUCAGAAAAACUAAAUUAGAAGUCCUUUGUAAGAAUUAGCAAAUCAAUUAGUUUUACUUAAAAAGUGUCACAGAUCUAGGUAAAAAGGAAGGAUUGCACACAUUUGAGUAAGCUCAUAAAGUAAAUAUAGAACCUGUCUCUUUGUUGUUUAACAUCAAGCUUUAAGCUAUAGUGUCAUAUCACAAGAUAAGUUUUCAAGAAAGUUAUUGA